AUGAACUCCCGACACCGAAUUCCACCCCUCCAGGUGGUGGGCGAGGAGCUGUCGUUCCUACCUGGCAUGGACGCCGUCAUGGCAGUCGCAGUGGUGGGCGCGGAGCAGUCUGUCCUACCUGGCAUGGACGCCGUCAUGGCAGUCGCUGUCCUCGAGCGCAUCGCACGUCCAGCUGGCGGCCUGCUGGUCUUUGCCACGUCAUCCGGGGCGCGGGCCAUGUCAGCAGGGAAGAAAGGAGCGGCAGCAGGGGAGUGGGUGUACCUGUGGGGGGAGGGGGAGGCGGAGGUGGUGGUGUUUGAUGGGGCCACCACCUGGGAGGUGCUGCGCAUGCUGGCCAGCCCAGAGAAAGCCAGGAGGUUCCGUGCCUUAGCAGAGCAAACAGACAUUAGGCGUGUGGCUCUGCCCUCCGUGGCCUGCCUACUCGACUCCAUUGUUGGCUCCUCCAAAGGGGGGAGUGGUGGGAGUGGUGGGAAUGCUGGUGGAAGUGGGGAGGAUGGGCAGCGCAGCACAGCGGAGAUAUGGGAGAAGCUCAACUCUUUCCUCUCUGUAAGUUCCUCUCUGCCCUCCGUGGCCCGCCUACUCGACUCCAUUGUUGGCUCCUCCAAAGGGGGGAGUGGUGGGAGCGGCGGGAGCGGUGGGGUUGCAUCCGACGAGCAGCGCAGCACGGCGGAGAUAUGGGAGAAGCUCGACUCCUUCCUCUCUAAAGCCGUCUCAGCAUUCGCAGACCCCUACCGCACGUCCGUCUUCCUAUUGGCCGAUGCGGCGAGCCACUCAUCAGUCGACACCUGUCGCCGCAUCUGGGGCUGCGCAGUGCAGGCAGGCGUGUCCCCUUCAGGCGUCUUCCUACUCCCAUCGGAGGUAGCAUCUGGGGAAGGGGGACUGGCAGAAAAGUUUUCUCCGCUGCCCGUGGGACAACUGCCCGUGGUGACAGAGGAGGCACCGGCGGCUGUAGCGGCCGCAGCUGGGCAGAUGAGCGAUGGAGCAGUGACGGUUAUGAACGGGGAAGGCGCGGGGAAGGCUCCUCCGGCGGUGGACGUGGACGUGGCGGCGUGCACGGUUCGUCUUUUUCUGCCGGGAUUCGACAAGCAAGAGGUCAAGCUGCAACAGGUGAGUGGUGUUGGGUCGGACAAUCACCAGUGGAAGGGCGGGGCAGAGCUGUUGGUAGAGGCUGAGGACCAGUGGCGGUGCGUGGAGUUGUUGAGGCAUUCUCCAGGGGAAGUGGAAGGGCGGGGCAGAGCUGCUGGUAGAGGCGGGGGACCAAAGGCGGUGUGUGGAGCUGCCUCGAGCCGUUCAAGGGAAGUGCUUUUGGCAACACAACGAGUCGAAGCAGGCCGGUUUCUCCCGGGCGUCGGCAGUCUACCCACCAACCGACUUCCACCCGGCUUGAAUUCAGCCAUCGCCGCGGCAGCCGCAGCACCGAGCAGCAGCAGCCCCGCAGCGGCGCUCAACUCGACGCUCUCGGGCCUCCAGUCGUCCCUCAACGGCCAGAUCGCGUCUCUCGACGCGCUUCUCAAGAAAUCGCUCGAUCAGAUCUCGGCGGCCCUCAACAGCAACGCUUCCGCAGACGCCGCACUCCAGGCGCAAAUAUCCGCGCUGAAAGCCAACCUCGCCGCUUUAAACGCCAGCCUCGUUAAUCUAAACGCGCUUAACAUCUCAGGGUCGAAUCUGAACUUCACGGAUCUGAUUUCCCAGAUCUCCGGCCUUCAAUCCAACAUCUCAUCGAUCAGCAUCGGCAUCGCCGCUCUGAACAAGGACCUAGCAGGAAUAAUCGGCUCGGGCGUAGGCUCGGGCGCAGGCUCGCGCGUAGGCUUGGCGGGCGUGUCGAGUGCAGCCACCACAGCGGCUUACGCGAGUCGGAACGCGGCGAUCCGCGCGGCGGUGAGGCAGCGGCUGGCAGCUGUGACGCAGCGGGUCGCGGGGCUCAACGGGAACGUGUCCGCGCUCGCCGGGAUGCUCAACGCCUUGAAUUUCGCUCUCAACGGCGCUCUCAACGGAGCUCUCAGAGUCGCGAAUCUUCUGCCCCAGCAGGCGGGCAUGCUGCGUGCCGUGCUGACGUCAUGCAACGGCCUGCUGUCUCUCCAAGCCGGCGCUGCUGACAUUCAGAUCCUCAAGAUUGGCUCGGACUAUCUGCUCACAUACUACCUGUACGCAGCAGGAGUGACCAAGGCCCCGGACUCGCAGGCCAUCUUCAAGGGCAACGCCUGCGGCACCGCUGCUGCUUCAGCAGCCCUCGCCCUGCCUGGCACGUGGGUGCCCAUGAGCCCGGUGUCCUGGUCGCUGGCCAAUGUCGUGAGGGCGUCAGCUGCUGACGUGGCGGAUGUGCUGGCAUCGAUCCAAGGGAUCACCAAUGAUGACCUGUUCCUCGGAUUCUCCGGUGCUGACGGGGCGCUCUCAGGGAGAGUGAUUGGUGGGAAGUUGUAA